UGCACACAGAAGAAAACACACUUGCUCUUCAGACUCUCACCAUCUCACUCUAAGCCUUUUUUUUCCUCCUCCGCCGUUUCUCUCCUCCGUCUCUUAAAGGGCAGCGUGAUCAGCGGAGCGCGACCCUUUUAAUUGAAGCACAUAGCUGCGGCAGUUUGGCUCACGGCCAAGAUGUGUGGUUGACCGAGGAAGGAGCUCACACCUCAGUUAGAGAAUCAAAGUGGAUGGAAAGAUAGACAAAGACGGAGAAGGUUAUCUGUGAGGAGGCACUUUUUUUUUUUAAAUGUGUUUUUUUGCUCAACUUCUCUGAUGGGAGAUAAACUGUCAGCUGGCGUCUGAGUCAAAUACAGAAGAAAGUGGCGAGCAGAGGAAUCACAAAACACGUGGAGAUGGUGUUCGGUGCUCUCUCUCAGAGCCAGGUCCACCCACUCCUGGGCUCCCUGCCUCUGCCUCUGCCAUGCCGACCCUUCCAGCCACAGACUCAUCCCCAUCUGGAGCACUUCCUGCCGCUCAGGAUCAACAGCUCCACGCCGCUCAGUCUCUUCCCCAAUUUUAGCACGAUGGACCCAGUGCAGAAGGCAGUGAUCAACCACACCUUUGGCGUGGCUCCAGUGCCCAAGAAGAAACCCAUCAUUUCCUGCAACAUCUGUCACCUGCGCUUCAACUCCACCAUCCAGGCAGAGGCCCACUACAAAGGUCACAAACAUGCUCGCAAGAUGAAAGCCUUGGAGACUCAGAGGAAGCGGCAGAAGAACGGUCACAGUCCGACAACAACACGAAAAGACAGAGGCCGAGAGAGGGGGAUGAUGGGAAGAGGGACAGUGCCCAUGGACUCCCAUUUGAAAGACAUAACAGGCCUAAGUACUUCUUCCCAACCUGCACAGCAGCAACCAGAAAACAUCCAGGAAAGCUUGCUGGAACCCACCACGCCCUCAAAGCCUUCACACGCAGACUCCUCCUCACUCCGUUCUCCUCAGCCCUCACCACAAAUCUCCCCUGGCACUCAACUCAAUGAUCUACCUUCAGACAGUCCACCUGUGGAAGGGUGCAGCCUGGCCAAUGGUUCAGCCCCACACUCUGACCCUCAGGGGAGCACCACGGGAGGUGAGGAGGAGGAGGUGGUGAAGGUGGAAGAAGCUAAAGAGGUCAAGAGCGACACAAAACCUCUUCACUGUCCUACGUGCAAAGUCACACUCAAUUCCAGCUCCCAGUUGGAGUCUCACUGUAGUGGCUCUAGGCACAAACAGAUGCUUGAUGGUCACCACAGCAGCCAGUCACAACGCAGGGUCAAGAUGACAUCAUCGCACAGGCCCACCAGCCGAAUUAGGCAGCGAAUGGGAAACAAGACCAGAUCAGUUGUGGGUGUAUCCAGCCAGCCGUUUCACUGUGAAUUGUGCCAGGUGUCAGUCAACUCAGAGACACAGCUGAAGCAGCACAUGUGCAGCAGGAGACACAAAGAGCGUUUGGCUGGGAAGCCUGUCAAGGCGAAGUUCACGCCCUAUAAUAAACUACAGUCCAGUGUUAUCUUAGCGACCAAACUGGCCUUGCAGAAGCAGCUAUCUAAGGCCCUGCCGGCAAGGUUCCUGACCAACCCCCUCAAUCACGCUGCUUUGUGCGCCAUGGCGCCUGGACCCUUGGCGCUACGGCUGCCGCCGGGUCCCACAGCCUUCAUCCAUGGUCCACUGAUCAGCCCCACACUCUUCAGGCCUGCCCCAGGACCUCUGAGGGCCACACAUGCACCUUUUAUCUUCUCUCCUUACUAGCAAUGAGCCACGCUAGGCUAGAGGACGUACAGUAGACUGGACCUAACCUAGCCACAUCUGGACCAGCAGUAAAGAUUAGCUUGGUCGGAGGACAAAGCACGGGACACCCUGAGGGACACCAGUACAAUGUUAUGCCAUGAUAUCAGCAUAUCAGCAUGUCAAGUUUGGCAGGUUCAAGUCAUAAGAACAGUAUGCACAAUCCCCUGGUGUGCAUUGAGAUUUCCCUGCAGACUGACCAGUGAAGCACCAUCGCUCAGCCGUUUCCCCUCAACAAACUUUUGAGUGCAUGUUCCCCAGAGUCUGGACCCCUCUUGAAGCCAUAAUGACAAGAAUCUUCUAGUUUUAUUUAUAGGACAGUAAUAGGCUAAUACACUAGAGUGUGUCAAUGUGAUGUGUUUGUUGCCAAAAUUAUUUUAAUUUCAGAGCUUUCUAGUUGUACUCUGAGAACAAGUACAAUACUUCAUUCCUGCUUUAAAUCCAGAUUGAAAGUGGCUAUUUCCAUAAAACUACCACCUUCCUCCAAUGAAAAAACAAAGGAGAUCCAUAACUUGCAAUUGCUGAGGAUAUUACAUCUCAACAAUUGCAUAUCUUUACAGCUAUUGUCUGAUGUGGAGGCCUUCUCUGUAUUUUGAUGGAUACAUGCUUUCAUUUUUUGUUGUGUGUUUCUCUCUUGCUCUCUGUGUUAUGAGGUGACAAUCAACCAACACCCUGAUACGAUGCCAAGAAUACUCGCCAUAUGGAGACAGACUAUAUAUAAUGCAUACAAUGAGAUGGUUUUAAUUAAAGUUAUAAGAUUUAUGUGGAUAAAUAAGUUACGAUUUACAGCUUGAUGCUGUUUGUGCAAUAUGAAGAUACAGGCUGAUGUGUGCUACUCCCCAAAAUGUUAAUGAUUUUUUCACAGAUAUUUAAAUGUAACUUUUAUGUAUUUAUUAAAAAUGUUAGUUUUUUUAUAGAGCUGUAUUAAAAGAACGUUCUUUAGAAAUCCCCUCCCACCUUUUAUUGUGCUGAAUCAUCCGAAGCAAUAUAUGUUUUUGAAGUGUCACCUGGUAAAAAUUAAUGACAAGUGUAACUGUGCAUCAAUUGCAAUAAUGUAAAUGAUUAUGUGCUAAACAUGUCAAUACUGUAUUAUAUAUGAACUUAUAAAUAGUCAUGUUUUUUUA